AUGGUUGCUAUCAGUGAAGUCAAGGAGAAUUCUAGUGUUAAUGGCACUAAUUCCGGUGCAGUAACUAGAACUGCGGCUCAUACACAUAUCAAGGGCUUAGGUCUGGAUGAAAGUGGUGUAGCUAAGAGAGUUGAAGGAGGGUUUGUUGGUCAAAUAGAAGCCCGUGAAGCAUGCGGCGUUAUUGUGGAUUUGAUAAAGGCCAAAAAGAUGUCUGGUAGGGCUAUUCUAUUGGCAGGCGGUCCAUCUACAGGUAAGACAGCGUUGGCUCUGGCCAUUUCACAAGAAUUGGGCCCGAAAGUUCCUUUUUGUCCCCUUGUUGGUAGUGAACUGUAUUCUGUGGAGGUAAAGAAAACAGAAACUUUGAUGGAAAACUUUAGAAGGGCCAUUGGUUUGAGAAUUAAAGAAACUAAGGAAGUUUAUGAAGGUGAGGUUACAGAAUUAACGCCCGAAGAUGCAGAAAAUCCAUUGGGUGGGUACGGGAAAACCAUCUCACAUGUCAUUGUCGGCCUCAAAUCUGCUAAGGGUACUAAGACACUGAGGUUAGAUCCAACUAUAUACGAAAGUAUUCAAAGAGAAAAAGUCAGCAUUGGUGAUGUCAUUUAUAUAGAGGCAAACACCGGUGCCGUCAAACGAGUUGGCAGAUCUGACGCAUACGCUACCGAAUUUGAUUUGGAAACCGAGGAAUACGUCCCAUUACCAAAAGGUGAAGUGCAUAAGAAGAAGGAAAUCGUACAAGAUGUUACAUUACAUGAUUUGGAUGUUGCCAACGCAAGACCACAAGGUGGUCAAGAUGUCAUAUCGAUGAUGGGCCAAUUACUCAAGCCAAAAAAGACAGAAAUUACAGAAAAGUUAAGACAAGAAGUUAACAAAGUUGUUGCUAAAUAUAUUGAUCAGGGUGUUGCAGAGCUAAUUCCUGGUGUGUUGUUCAUUGACGAAGUCAACAUGCUAGACAUUGAAAUUUUCACAUACUUAAACAAAGCGCUCGAAUCCAACAUUGCCCCCGUCGUUGUAUUGGCUUCUAAUAGGGGAAUGACAACGGUUCGUGGUACUGAAGAUGUGAUAUCACCACAUGGUGUGCCACCUGAUUUAAUUGACAGGUUGUUAAUUGUUCGUACUUUACCAUACGACAGUGAUGAAAUUCGUACAAUCAUAGAGAGAAGAGCUGCUGUGGAGAACUUGCAAAUGGAAAGUGGUGCCCUGGACCUUCUAGCCACCAUGGGUACAGAAACUUCGUUACGUUACGCCUUGCAAUUAUUGGCACCAUGUGGUAUCUUAGCACAGACAAGCAAUCGUAAAGAGAUUCUUGUUAAUGAUGUUGAUGAAGCUAAGUUACUGUUUUUGGAUGCCAAAAGAUCUACAAAAAUUUUAGAAACAUCAGUAAACUAUUUGUAA